UGAGAGUGUGUUCAUGCUAAGAAACAUCAGGUAAGACGAGGUCCCCUAGUAUUUACUAGUAUUUACUAGUAUUUACUAGUAUUUAUUAGGUAAUCUCCGCCAGUAGAAUCGCCAGGUGAAUCGAAAGUCAAACGCGAACUCAAUAAUUGAUACCUACUGUACCUAGGUAGUACACUGAUGAGAGACCGACCAAGCUUAUCUACCUACCAAUCUGCCAAUCGACCACCCGACCCUCCCAACCGUCACCACCCAAACUUUCUCUUCCUUCGUUGGCGUGUUUAAGAAAAAGAUAAGAUUGUUAGGAAAAAAAUUAAAAUACACAUUAAUACUAUUCCGGCUUAGACUCCCUUCACUGUCUAAGACUUCUAUACUCGAUUUCACUUGGUCUCUCUGCGAAAACGGUCCCUAUAAGGCAUUGGCAUUUGAUUUGGUGCUGCAUUGUCUGUACCUAUCUAUCAUAUCGAAAAGGUGGAGGGGUUGCUCUUUAACCCAAUCCAAUGCAUACAAGCAAUUAGAGACUAGAUCUCACUGCCUCGACCAUUCCCACCCAUAGACUGAUCAUAGACUGAUCAUAGACUGAUCAUCACCUUGACUACCUUCUCUCGAUCCUGUCGAACGUUCCGAAAGCUGGCCAGCCAUUCAAUUAAAACCAAGCGCAGAUGGCGCCGGUAGCAGCAACAGUUGCGCUUUCGCACGUCGAGGGGAUUUCCGAUUCCGCCAGAGCCAGAGAAUUAUACAAGUACUAUCAGCCUACGGCUUCCAUAAAUACCGAGACAUGUUUUCCAGCACCCCAACUAUCCAGAGAGUCUGGCAAUCCGGAUUUAGAAGUACAAUCUGAUAUUACUUCAACAAAAAUUUCUUCUCCAGAUACAUCAUUGACAGCAUUCUGCCAGCUAGUGUCAUGGAGAUUAGAGGUGCAAAGAGCAAUGAUCAGUCUUAUCGAUGAUGGCACGCAGUAUUUCAUUGCAGAGAGCACAAAAUCAUUAAACCUAGUGGAUGCAACAAAGCACAAACCAGGUGAUGAGUUGUGGCUCGGCUGUACUUCUGUGUCAAAGGCUGGUAGGUUGUGUGAGAAGUAUGACAAGAGCGAAUUUGAAUUCAAAAUCAAGUCAUCAAUUGUGUUUAAUCUCUGCUCCAGGACCAUCGAAACUGCCCCAACCGUAUUGGGCGAAGAAUAUCCUUCAUUCAUUGUCAAUGAUUUAACAUUAGAUGAUCGAUUCAAUCAACUUUCUUUUGUUACGGAACCCCCACACCUCAAAUUUUAUGCAGGAGUUCCACUUAUCACCAAGCGAGGCAUACCGAUUGGAAGUUUAUUUGUGGUCGAUAGUCAAGCCAGGCCCGGACUUUCCAAGGAUGACAUCUCUUUCUUGGGCACAAUGGCAUGCACUGUUAUGAAGCAUCUCGAGUUGAAUCGAGAAGUAGAGGAACAUCGACGUGGUAUGAAGAUGAGCAGAGGUCUUGCAUCAUUUGUCGAAGGUCGUGCAGAACUCGAAGAGGCAGACAUGGAAGCAGACGAUGGAGAAGGUACAAAGAUUGUUGGCCAGUUUGAAACAGACACUGGGAUCAGACGACAAAAGUCAAAGUCUUCAUCCUCAACAAAAGAUUCGAGGGUUUCAAGUGCUACUUCACUUUCUCUUAGCAACGGUAAAGAAAAGGGGCAUGUAACCUCAACUUCAACGAUUCCUACAAGGAUAGAAGGUACCGUUUUGACGCCUGAACGAUCGGAUUCAUUCACCAAUGAACGACCAGGAAUGGAGUCCACACAAUAUUCCUCUUUUGGAGAGACUAGUACAACUGAGCAGUCACCGUCCGAUAUGUGCAAGACGGAUACCCCUGACGAGGAGUUUACCGAAGCUUCGGCUUUAAAGUUGCUUUUCUCACGCGCUUCCAAUCUUAUUAGGGAAGCGUUUGAAGUAGAUGGUGGGGCUGUAUUUUACGACGCACAAAAAGGUUUCAGCAGUGAUACGCAAACUUCCAACUUAGAAUCGUCUGUUACUGAUAGCCAGACGAGUGGUGACGAUGAAAUGAGAAACGGAUUUAAUCCUCAAGCUUCGAUUUCACGACCUUUUACUCGAUCGUCGACAAUGUCACAAACACGAGAAAUCGAGAUUUUGGGAUUCUCCACCCCCGAGGCAUCGUCGAUUAAUGGUGAUCUAUACCCGGGAACUCAUUCAUUCUUACCAUUCGAAGAAAAGUCUUUACAUCAGUUUUUGCGCCGGUACCCCCGCGGAAAGCUAUGGACUUUUGAUUCGGAUGGAUCCAUGUCCUCAGCGUCAGAUGAUGACAUUCUUAAAGGCUAUAAAUCUUCUGCAAGACCAGGCAGAAAUCAACAACGUGGAAAGAAUAAAGUGGCUAGGGCUGCAGCAGAUGGAAGAUUUUUGUCGAAUCAUUUUCCUGGUGUCCGCCAGUUGUUAUUUGUCCCACUUUGGGAUGCUGGUCGUUCUCGCUGGCUCAGUGCAUGCUGUGUUUGGUCAACAGAGCCUACGCGUAUUCUAUCCAAACAAAACGAAUUGUCGUUUCUCUCUGCGUUUGGAAAUAGUGUCAUGGCUGAAUGUUCCCGUAUAAGUACCGAAGUUGCUGAUCAGAAAAAGAGUGACUUCAUUGGAAGUAUUUCUCAUGAACUAAGAAGCCCGCUGCACGGAAUACUUGCGUCUGCUGAGAUAUUGGAUGAUCUUUCAUUGCCAAAUUUAGCUCAAGAACUUGUCGAAACGAUUGAUAGUUGUGGCCGUACCCUUUUGGACACUAUUAAUCAUAUUCUGGACUUCUCUAAAAUUAGUAGUCUUGAGAAGAAUUGGCGUAGAAAUCGACGAGGCUCCACGAAACGAAGAUCGCAAUCGAGUAAUGCUGGUCCCCUGGCUUUGCAACAAUCCGACUUACCUAUGAUUAAUCUGUUUGCGCCAGUGGAUGUCGCAGUCCUUUGUGAAGAGGUGGUUGAGAGUGUUUUUGCUGGCUACGUUUUUCAAAAUGUCACGGCAAAAACUUUUGAUAUGGUUCAUGAUAUACAUGACAAAAGCUCGGAUUCGAAAAGACAAUCAGGAUUGCUUGCCAUGUCAUCUUCAGCGAACCAAACCCCACAAGUUUCAGUCAUCCUGGAUAUUGCUCUAGAUGACUACAAUUUUACUACACAGCCCGGUGCUUUCCGAAGAAUCAUCAUGAACUUGCUCGGGAACGCAUUGAAAUAUACGUCACACGGCUAUGUACGGGUCAAGUUAGAGACUGCUAAACUAGAUGAUCUUAAUGUUCCUGGUGAUGGGAGGACUCCGAGAUCAAUGAUCAUAUUGACAGUGACUGACACAGGAAAGGGCAUAUCUAGCGAGUUCCUUAGAUCAAAGCUUUUCACUCCAUUUGCUCAGGAGAACACCCUCUCGAGUGGGACUGGAUUGGGACUGUCUAUUGUGAGGAGUAUUAUCAACCUGCUUGAAGGAGACAUUACGAUCGAUAGCGAAUUAGGACGCGGUACUGAGGUCAGAGUUACCUUGCCCCUUCUUCGCGAAAUGCCAAAAGAUACAUCAGCACCAGCAACACCAAAAGCUGUAACCUCGUUAUUACGUGAGACAGACGAAUCAAUAUCAUUAUUGCGAAAUGAGAUUAGCGGUCGUGAAGUAGGCCUCUUUAAUUUCAAUCCUCCUACUAUAGACCCUAUACUUGCAAGGAAGGGAAAGUUUCUUGAAAGUUCCGUCAGAAAUUUCCUUACAUAUUGGUAUGGUCUGAAGAUUGUGCCAUUAUCGAAGAACCCAAAAAUUAUCCUAGCGAACGCUCCAGACUUGUCUGUUCUCGCGAAUCUCCGUAAAAUGCUUCCUCGCCACAGUAAACCGUCAAUUUUGGUUCUAUGUCCGCAUUCUUCACGCUUCAACCACUCAUUCGCAGAAGCUGGCAUCAAAGGCAAUGUCACCGUAGUAGCGAAACCAGUGGGUCCACUCAAACUUGCUAGAGCACUUCGAUCUUGCCUUGAAGGUGUGACAACUGCAAGUGGUACAGCCAUCACGCCCGAUUCAUCUAGCAUGGCGCAAGCUAGCACUAAUGAUCUCAGUAAUGUUUUUGAGGAUUUGCUGAUUUCUCCGAAUGGUGGCGAAGUAUUGGAUAAUAGUCGUAUGGCGGCUGAUAGCGAGAAUGCUCGGAAAGCUAUUGAAUCACCGACUCCAAACGCACUUGUUGAAAAGGGCAAAGAGUUCCCAUUUCCUUUACCUUUAGGUGGUAAAAACUCUACUUCACAUGGGGAACUUUCUCUGGAUAAUAACCUUCUCACCCCCAUAGCUUCAAGCUUUGGUCUCACAUCUCCACCUAAUCCAUCAGUUGGAUAUGUGACUAGUCACCCAUCUGGUUCUUCAACCACAACUACAAGUACACGCCAACCUUCAAUCGCGAUCGCAGAUUCUGACCCCUUCGCACCAAAUCUACUUUUAGUAGAUGACAACAUGAUAAAUCUCAAACUUCUGCGUCACUUCAUAACGAGAUUGGGAUACACAACGGUUCAUGAGGCAGAAAAUGGACUUGAAGCAGUAAAGAAAGUCGAGGAACGACCAGAGGGAUAUGAUAUCAUUUUCAUGGAUAUAAGUAUGCCAAUUCUGGAUGGAUUCGAUGCUACAAAAGAAAUUCGAAAAUUGGAAAAGUCAAGACGAGAGCGAGCAAUAGCCAACGAUGGAACAGACAAGAGUAAGAAGAAUGAAGCAUUAGUGGUGGCACUUACGGGUUUGGCGGGUAAAGAUGAUGUGGAGAAGGCGAGAGCUUGUGGCAUUGAUCUUUUUAUGACGAAGCCGGUGGCUAUGAAGGAGGUGAGGAAGAUGUUGGAGAAUUGGAGGGCUAAUCAGAAGGACUGAAUGGGAAAGUGGACGAUGCUGAUGAGUGAAGACAUUUGAACGGAAUGAUGGAACGAUGGAUAUGGAUAUGAAUCGUAUAAGGGACUUGCAUUUUGAGGCGUUAUGGAAACAUCAUGGCAGCAUCAAAAUUGGGACAUGGAUAUCUAGGAAUUGUAACAAUAUGGUGGGACGGAGCGAUAAAAAUAUGGCAUGGCGUUUAGCUUUAGGCUUUGAGCUUUCGAGAGGGAGGGGCUCUUAUAUACCCAGGUGUAAUGCAUGGAAUUUGUACUUGAGAUGGAUGUGGCUUUUUGGUUUUUAGGAAUGAUUGGGGGAUUCUUCAAGUUGGAUGGAAGGGAUGAAUUGGUGUGGAAUGGAUGUGAUGUUAGAUAAUAUACCCUGUGGUGGGGCGAUGGUUUGAUGGAAGGAUCGAGGUGAUGAUUGAUGGGAUGGAUGAACAGAUAUGUAUUAUAUGAGAUGAGAUGAUGAAGAAAUCAAUAAAUACCAGGUACAACUAUAUCCAGUGUCUCAUACUUGGACG